AUGCCGAGACUCCUUGCGUCAAUGGCGCUUGUUGCAGUGGUCUUCUGCGGCUCGGUCGAUGACUUUUGCAACGUCGACAAGGGGUGCCAGAGUGAUUUCGGAGGCUGCGGCCCAGUAAAGCGGCCUUCGUGCAGCAAGACUGGAAACAGCGUCCAAGGUCGGUCAAUCGGCUACUAUGAGUCCUGGGCCAACACUCGUCCCUGCGGCAAGGUGUCCCCUGAGGACUUGAACCUAGACGGACUGACACAUAUCAACUUUGCUUUCGUCUUCUUCGACCCGGUCAAGUUCAGUAUCGUCCCCAUGGAUAAGAACGCUGGAUCACUCCUGAGUCGGUUUACUGCGCUCAAGGAGAGGAAGCCCGGCCUUCAGACCUGGGUCAGUGUCGGCGGGUGGUCGUUCAACGACCCCGGCCCCUAUCAACAAGCCUUUAGUACAAUGUCGAGCACCGCCGAGAAUCGCGGCAUCUUCAUUGCCGAGCUGAUGUAUUUUAUGGAGACAUAUGGAUUCGACGGCAUGGAUCUAGAUUGGGAGUACCCCACCGCUGACGAUCGUGGCGGAAAAGCCGAGGACAAAGCCAACUUUGUUCUUCUUUCCAAGGAAAUCAAGGAAGCCUUCGGCAAGCGAUACGGCUACUCCAUCACGCUUCCAGCAUCUUACUGGUAUCUUCAACAUUUCGAUCUGAAAAAUCUCCAGCCACAUGUUGACUGGUUUAACUUGAUGUCUUAUGACCUGCACGGAACAUGGGACGCUGCUUCAAAGUUCGUCGGCCCAUACGUCGCCACGCACACCAACAUCACAGAAAUCGAUCUCGGUCUUGAUCUCUUAUGGCGCGCUGGGGUCAAGCCUAAGAAUGUUGUCUUGGGCCAAGGAUUCUACGGUCGUUCUUUUACCCUUGAAGAUUCCAAGUGCAAUAAGCCCAAUGGAGUCUGUCGAUUCAGUGGUGGCGCAAAAGAGGGCCCUUGUUCCAAAGCCUCGGGUAUCCUGAAUCUCCAGGAGAUCAUGGAUAUCAUCAAGGACAAGAAGCUCGAGCCCGUCCAUGACGAGAAGUCAGGCACCAAGUGGAUUCACUGGGACAAUGACCAAUGGGUUUCGUACGAUGACGGCGAGACAUUGGGUCAGAAGGCCGAGUUCGCCAACUCGCGAUGUCUGGGUGGCCUCAUGGUCUGGGCCCUGGACCAAGUCGCCCAGGAUGCCGCCAGUCUCUUGAACCCUGACGACAUGGAUGAAGAGGCUCUGCUCGAGGCUGAAGUCAUCUACCAGGAUGAAGCGGCCAAGGGCGUCUGUUACACUACCAAAUGCGGCGAAAAGUGCCGAAACGGUGACCACGAGGCCACCCAGACCAACGGUCAACCUGGGACGUUGUCAACCAUGGACCGCUGUCCCAAAGACGAGUUCCGGAGCGUCUGCUGCAGCAAGGGCUCCAUCAUGGGCACCUGCCGGUGGAGAGGAUACCGUGGGCUGGCUAUGUCUUGCAUGGGCGGCUGUGCGGAGGGGGAGGUGUCCAUCACAGAAAACAGCAACAGCCGGACGGACAAGGAGGACCAGAGCUGCACGGGCGGCACGCAGACCUACUGCUGCAACGGGUUCAAGCCUCCAAUCUCCAAGGAGCAAAUCACCGAGACCAUCAAGGACGAGGCAACCGACGCAGCGAUUGCGGCAGCGGAAGCGUUGGCGCUGGAGGUUGCGGCGAAAGCUUUCUGCCGCAUCGCCAUCAUGGCAGCGACUGCGCCACUGCGGUUCAUCCCUUUUGUUGGCAAGUCAAGCUCAAAGUAA